UUUUGGCACCGAUGUGAUAAGAGUGCGUGAGCUUAACUAGUUUAUUGAAGCGCUACGUGGAGUUCGAUGACCAAGCGAGACUGCGAAUGAUAGGAGUGAUAACAAAUCAAAUCCUUAGGCUUCAUGCACAAAUUUCAUAAAGCGUGAAGGGAAAAGGGACCCAGGCUUGCGUUUCUUGUCAUUGGCUGGGGGUUUGUCUUGCGAGAAUUAAGAAUUAUUAAGAAUUGCCUUAGUUGGAUAGAGUCGUAGUAUGAAUAUGAAUAUUCUGAACAAUGCUGUCGAUACCAUUCACUAAGACCAAUUGAGUAUACUAAGUACACAAGAUUCAUUUUAUAAUAAUCAUUGUUAUCUGAGCAAUUGUGGCAUCGCAGCGAUAAGGGUGCGCGAAAUUUGUCCAGUUGGUUGAGGCGCUGAGUAGAGGUAACAUCAUGUCUAAGCGACUGCUCGAUUUGUGUGCAGAAGAUAAGAAACGCUUCCUCGAUUCGUUUGAUUACGUUCUAACGGACUGCGAUGGUGUAAUAUGGAGAGUCCUGGGUCCGAUCGAUGGAAUUGGGGAUGCAUUCAAAGCGUUGAAAACUCAUGGAAAAAAUAUCGUUUGUGUGUCGAACAAUAGCGUCCGAGAAACUACAGAUUACAUGGAGCGAUUGCGCAACUUAUCUCCAGAAGCAAAUGUAGACGAUGUGAUUCAUCCGGCCGUUAGUGUUGUCAGGUACCUGAAGUCAAUCAACUUCCAGGGACCGAUUUAUGCAAUAGUAUCAGCACCCUUCUUGGCAAUUCUUCGAGAAGCAGGAUAUGAAGUGUUCACCGGGCCUAAGGAACCUCUGCCGGAGACGUUUCGUGAAGUUAUGCAAGCGAUCGCCAAUACAAAACCGGCGAAAGCAGUGAUAGUAGACUACGAUUACAAUUGUAACAAUCCUAAACUGAUGAAGGCCGAACAAUACCUUAGAGCAGACUCUGAGUGUUUAUUCAUUGCCGGUGCCGUCGACAACAAAAUGUCUGUGUCAUCCAGUUACAGCUUUUUCGGACCGGGACGUUAUGUGGAACUUCUGGAGAAAGCCACCGGGAGAAAGGCCACAGUUCUCGGGAAACCGAGCCACCUGUUGGGGGAGCAGUUGAAGAUGCAGUACUCGGUGGGGGAUGCCCGGCGAGUGUUGUUUGUUGGCGACAUGAUUGAUCAGGAUGUGGCUUUCGGGAAGAUUACAGGGUUCCAGACACUGCUUGUGUUGACCGGAGGUACCAGUAAAGCUGAUCUGGAGUCUUUGCGAGACAGUGGAAAGGUACCGGAUUUUUAUACCGAAAGCAUUGCUGAUUUCGCACAAAUAGUGGAAGAUGUGUUGGCUGGAAGCAAGAAGGCUUGUCUGUGAUUAAUGUGUUCCUGGUUCCCAUCAGUAUUCUAUGUAAUAACAUACAAUAAUAGACAAUAUAGAAAAUUCCAAAAUUGGUUUUCUCCUUUCAAAUUCAGUAUGCACGUUAUCAACUUGUUCCCAUUGGAAUAUUUUAGAUGAGAAGAUUAGUAUACUGUUUGGAGUUAUGAGGUCGAUUCGAAACCAGCGAAAGAUAUUAAGUCUAAAAGGGUGCCAUCCGACAGAGCAAAAAAAAUUGUUUCAAUUUUUAGAUUUAUAUUAAGUUUGUCUCCCGACCAACGGAUUCCCACAAGUGGCGAUGGAAACAGAGGAUCACUUGCACAAGAUUUACAGACUAUAGUAUAACUCAACGGUGGAUCAGAUUAUCAUUUCAUUACAUCAAUUCCUACAUAGGAUAAAAUUUCACAGAGUCCAAAAUAAUAGAAGUACCGGUAAGUUUUUCCGUUUUCUUCAAAAUUAAUGCUUUAUUCUGCAAAAAUGGUUACAAAUUUAAUAUUCAAAGUAUUGCCCAUCGCUAGUCACAACUUUUUCCCAUGUUUCUGGCAAUUCACGGAUCCCUUUGCGGAAAUAAUCGGCCGGUUUGUCGGCUAACCACGAAUCGAUCCAAUUUUUGACUUCAUCAAAAUUGGAGAAAUGCUGGUCAACCAGGCCAUGUUGCAUCAAUCGAAAAAGGUAGUAAUCGGAUGGAGCAAUGUCUGGAGAAAACGGCGGGUGGGAUAGGACCUUCCAUUCCAGCGUUUCCAAGUAUGUUUUGACUGGUUUCGCGGCAUGCGGCCGAGCAUUGUCGUGCUGCAAGAUAACUUUAUCGUGUCUUUGCCCGUAUUGUGACCGUUUUUCCUUCAGUGCACGGCUCAAAUGCAUCAAUUGUCAUCGGUAGAAGUCCUCCGUAAUGGUUUCAUUCGGUUUUAGCAGCUCAUAGUACACCACACUCAGCUGGUCCCACCAAAUAGACAGCAUAACCUUCUGGCCGUGAAUAUUCCGCGCGGCCGUCGAUGUUGAUGCAUGGCCGGGGUAACUUUUCAUUGCCAGUAACGAUUCGAUUCAAAAAAACCCUUUCUUUUUUGCCGUUGUUCACACGCGAAAAAACAGUGUUCGACUUCUCGUGACUUCAAUUCAUACGACAUCCAAUGUCCUAUCUUUCGGAUCAUUUCCAUUGCUUUCAAACGAUCGGAUAUGGUUUGCUGAGCUACUCCAAGUGUAUCUGCAAGUUCUUGUUGCGUUUGUGACGGAUCUUGAUAUAGUAAAGCCUCCAAUUCUUCAUCUUCAAACGUUUUUGACGGUCCGGAACGUUUUUCGUCUUCCAAGUCGAAAUUACCACUUUCAAACCGUGCAAACCACGUCUGACACGUUCGCUCAGUUGGAGCAUGGUCACCAUAAACUUCCACCAAAAUGCGAUGUCUUUCCGCAGCAUUUCUCUUCAUAUUGAAUUAAUGAAGUAACACUCCCCGAAAAAAACACUCAGUGGUACGAAAUUCGACAUAUUCGAAGUGGCAGAAAACUAUGUUGCUUACGCUUCAACUUUUUGAUAUAUAGAGGAACUGGUACGAAUUGGGUACCCCAUUUUUUUUGGACUUAGCUCUUGGCCAAUGCUCGGAAUUUCUUCAUAUUACGUCAGCUUAUGAAGGGAUCUAUUGCGGACAUUUCCCCGCAAACCGAUUUCAAAAAUCUUGAUUUGGCUCGGAGCUUUGAGCAUAGAAGUGAAACAACUCAAAUUCGAGUACCCGAGAUGCCUGGGUAUAAAUGUGGCACCUCAUUUUUUUAUUUUUUCAAUUGAAAAGAAUCGUCCUGAAAAAUGUAUUUUUUGACAUUUUCAUACAAAGUAGAAGUGAAGUACACUAUCUUACGAAAAUUAACUCUGACGAAAAAGCAUGCAAUUUUACAAAACAAAGAGGAACAAAAAACGGUUUUUUCAAGAAGUUUUUAUCCCCAAAUCGGGCGAAAUUUAAUUUCGCUGCAUGGGCAUGCAAUACUAAGCAUAGUGUAUCAUCAACACACCCGCAUACCGAAUUUUCACUUUGGAAUGAAAUCUAUGAAAUUUGUGAUUAAAAUCUCGAAACACUUACUCGAUUUCAUUGAAGGACAUCAGCUUUAAUAUUUAAAAUCGGCUCACUAUUCGAUUUUAAAUGAUUUUUCGAAAGAAAAUUUUUAAGAUUUCAAAAACAACAAAACUUGUUUUUUUUUUCAAAAAACACAGAUAAUUUUGGGUUUUUGGCAUCUGACGUUUGUUACUACAUUAUUUGAACACUUUUUUUAUUCACCACCAGAGUGCGCUCUCUGAACUCUUUUGAACUCUUUUUCAGUUGUUUUACAUUACCGCCGGAGAU